GUGCGUGGAAAUGGCCAGCUCAAGCAGCCGAGACAGAGCAGAGUGUGAGAGAGCUAAUGGAAGUAAGCCGCUGAAGAAAGAGCUGCUGAAUAAACCAUAUUCACCUGCGUAUGGCCCGUGAGUGUUCUUUAAGCUAUCUGCGUUCAUCCACCCACUCCCCUCGGACCUCAGCAUGGGCUGGAACAUAACCCUAGACCUAACAGAUGCUCUCAUGAGCACUCUUCAAACUCAGAAAUUUCCCUUCCGUCAUCAUGAGCCGAAGAUUUCUAAUUAAAUUCCUCCCGAGUUCAUUCUGCUUCCUGCCACAUUGUGAAAAAGGUGCCUUUCUUCUGGUUUGCCUUCCAUCAUGACUGCAAGUUUCCUGAGGCCUCCCCCAGCUAUGCAGAGCUAACAUUUGGAUACCACUUACCUCUGAGACAGUUCUUUUGGAAAUUAUAAAUAUAUUUCUUUCCAGGGAUCAAAAGAAUCCACAUCAACAUGAAAGAUGAAGUGUUGAAUCUGAAUUCACAGCUGCUUUAUGCAAUCUGGAAAAAGGUCAAGCUGGAGUGCAGUGGCACAAUCCUGGCUCGCUGCAACCUCUGCCUCCUGGGCUCAAGGCAUCCUUCCACCUCAGACUCCCAAGUAGCUGGGACUACAGGAGAGAAGACAAUGAGGUCAGCUAGAAUGACGGAUUGUCAUCACUGGGGCACGGGAAAGGGGUUGAGCACGUCAAUGUAUGUUUUCCAGAGCCUAGAGAAUGUGUCUGAUUCUCUGAAGUAUAUUUAUUCUAAAUGCCAGAUUCCAGCAUUAAGCGCUGUGCAGUUUUGAGAGAAGAAGUUAUAAAGCAAAACUGACUUGAGUAACCACCAGCCCAACAUUCGGGACUUUGUGGGGAUUGCUAUGGUUCUGCUGGACUUACAAGCAAUAGUGAUGCAGAACCUGUGAUUAGCAUGUGUAGUGCUUGUCAAAAAAUAAUCUCCCAAGAAAUGUUUUAAUUUUUACUGGUCAGUGCACUACCAAUACUAGUUUUGGCAUGGCAGAUACUAAUUAACAAAGCUUUGUUUCGAAUAAA